AAGGAAUGGAAGCCGACAACAACCACCUUCAACGGCGGCGACUCCACCCCACGCGCAAAGGAGACCCGAGCCGAAUCCGCCCACCAAAUCCCACCCGCGUCUGCCGCCUCCGCCUGCCGCCGGCGAGAUGAUGAUGCUCGUCAACUGCUCCGGCUGCCGCACGGCGCUGCAGCUGCCCCACGGGGCGCCCUGCAUCCGCUGCUCCAUCUGCGGCGCCGUCACCAACGUCGCCGCGCCCCCCGCGCCCGGCCCCGUCGCCGACCCCGCCCGGGGCGCGCAGGCGCCGGCGCCGGCGCCGGCGUGGGGCCCGCCUCCCCCGGCCGCGCACGGCCGGAAGCGCGCCGUGAUCUGCGGGAUCUCGUACCGCUUCUCCCGCCACGAGCUCAAGGGCUGCAUCAACGACGCCAAGUGCAUGCGCCACCUCCUCACCACCCGCUUCAGAUUCCCCGACGACUCCAUCAUCAUGCUCACCGAAGAACAAACCGACCCUUACAAAAUCCCAACAAAGCAUAACAUAAGGAUGGCCAUGUAUUGGCUUUUACAAGGUUGUCAACCUGGAGACUCAUUGGUGUUUCAUUAUUCUGGCCAUGGGGCGCAACAAAGAAGCUACAGUGGAGAUGAAGUUGAUGGGAUGGAUGAAACCCUCUGCCCGUUGGAUUUUGAGACACAGGGAAUGAUUGUGGAUGAUGAGAUAAAUGCUGCGCUUGUUAGACCACUUCCUCAUGGAGCUAAACUUCAUGCACUCAUAGAUGCUUGCCACAGUGGGACUGCACUUGAUUUGCCGUUUCUCUGCAGAAUGAGCAGAACUGGGCAAUACGUAUGGGAAGAUCACAGACCGCGAUCUGGUGUCUGGAAAGGAACUAGUGGCGGGGAAGCUAUUUCAUUUAGCGGCUGUGAUGAUAAUCAGACAUCAGCGGAUACUUCAGCCUUGUCAAAGAUCACUUCGACUGGCGCAAUGACAUUUUGCUUCAUCCAAGCUAUUGAACAAGGCCAGGCUACCACAUAUGGGAGUAUCCUGAACUCCAUGCGUUCGACAAUACGGAACACGGGAAGUGGUGCCUCAAUGGCUGGAGGUGGUGCGGUUACAUCACUCAUUUCAAUGCUUCUCACAGGGGGAAGCGCUAGUACUGGUGGAUUGAGACAGGAGCCACAGCUAACUGCAUGUAGCACAUUUGAUGUGUAUGCGAAACCAUUUUCGCUAUGAUACAUUUGUGGUAUUCUCCACUGCCUUCUGUGAUUCUAUCAUGAGUCCGGGUUUAAACUAUCAUGUACAGCUAGUUGAAAUGGCUUCUCCAUAUAUAGAGCUAACUUUGUAUUAUUUGAUGCUCAUAUUCGAAUUAAAGUGUUUGCCCCCUUUGAAUUGUUCCAUGUGUGAGGGAUUUGCCAUUUCUUCUGUCACUCAGACCACAUAAUAAGAUAUGGUGCAGGGGCUGGAAAGAUUUCAGGUUAAUUUACAGUUCA